AUGAUCAAGCCAGCAGAUAAACAGGUGAAAUAUGCCAAGAGCAUUAUCCUAGAACAGGAUGCUCUCUAUCAUUCCAGAAUGGCACCGAAAUAUGACCAAAUAGCUUCUUCGCAAGGUGGACUGGCACCUUUUACCGUUUCUGAUUCUCAUGCCCGUCUUGGUACACUUGAAGAAGACCUCGGUAUGGAAGGCACUGAUUACAAUCUCGCUAUGAGUAUCUUGUUUGUCGGUUAUCUAUUGAUGCAACUUCCAUCCAAUCUGCUCCUAACUCGUGUUCGGCCUUCACUGUUCCUGGGUACUCCAAUGGCAAUCUGGUACGAGUUGAUUCUAAUGAGACCAGCAAGCUUUAUGGGGUGUGAUUUCCGCUUGCCAGGCAGCCAUGUAGUCAUUUUCUGGGCUCAUUGCAACACGAUUCUUUCUUGGAUUUGUCGAAGCACCCUUUUUCCCAGGUGCUGUUAUGCUAAUUUGAGUCAUCGCAUUGCAUGGUUUUAUUCUGGUAGCUCAUUGGCCAAUGCUUUUGGUGGUCUUAUCGGGGCAGGCGUGCUGGGCAACCUCGAUGGUGCUCUUGGCAUCGCCGGAUGGAGAUGGUUCUUCAUCAUCGAGGGCGUUAUCACCGUGGGGACAUCCAUUCUCGCUGGGGUCUUUCUUCCGAACUAUCCAACUUCAACUUCCUGGUUAGAUGACCAGGAACCAGCAUAUGCGCAGUGA